AUGGCGGACCAACAGGGAAAAGAUGCAUAUGUAACACUCCUCACUCGACCCAGUUAUCUCGCUGGCGCAAUCCUCCUAGCCUACACACUCAACAAGCAUUCACCAAACACACCCCUCAUCAUAACCUACACGCCGGAAACACUCCCAGAGGCCUCAGUCAACGCUUUCAAAGCCGAAGCCAAACAUUCCAACAUCGUCCUCCACCCCGUAGAACACCUCCGCCUUCCUGAAGAUGGAACAGAAUCUGGCAUGGUCGCCGAGCGCUUCAUCGACACAUGGACCAAACUGCGCGUCUUCGACCUUUGGGACAUGCCCCAGAAGUUUGAACGAAUCUGCUGGCUAGACGCCGACAUGAUGAUCUUCUCCAACCCCUCGCCCCUAAUCUUUAACAAGCAAAACGACGCCUACCUGCAAGGCGGCGACGCAAUGCGAACAAUGGCCGUACACACCUGUGUCUGCAACCUCGACCACGACUCCUGGGCUCCGGCUGAAUGGAACCCGGAGAACUGCGCCAUGGCUAAACUCACAGCCCCGGAUCAACUCGCUCAAGUGCGACCAGAACCGUACACGCUGUCCAACUUCAACUCGGGGACUUUUCUCUAUCGCCCUAGCAAAGCUCUAGCUGAGUUUGUUCUCCAGAAGUUUCAGGACAUUGGUAACACUAGACUCCGCGCUAUGAAGUUCCCUGAUCAGGAUUUCUUAAACGAGGCUUUCGACGGCCGCUGGAGUACGCUGUCCUGGAAAACGAAUGCGUUGAAGACGUGGAGAUAUUGGCACACUAAUAUCUGGGUCGACGACCAGGUCGCUGUGCUACAUUACAUCGUAGAUAAGCCGUGGGCUGCGCGUGUGAAGGAAGAUGGUACGGCAGGGUACUUAGGAAAAGAUGGAGAGACGCAUCGCUGGUGGUGGGACGAGUAUGCAAACUGGUCUAGCGAGCGUGAGAAGCAGGGAGAGAAGGAGUUGUUGGAUAUCGUUGGGAAGUAUGCUGCAAGAGAAGAUGGCCAGGAGAACGAGGAGAUGAGGGCUAUCGGGGGUGGGGCGCAGGACUUUGCGAAGAAGUGGCCUGCUAACAAGGAGGGAGAGACAAAGGAGGGUGGUGAGCAGGUUGACGCGUUUGGUCAGGGGCCGAAUGGCCCUGUGCUGAGGAAACCUAUGUUGGGUGAGAGGGGUCAUGGGCCGGUUAUAAGGGGUGGAAGAGGACUUGGCGGGAGGAGAGGCGGCGAGGGGUGGAGCGUUAUGCAGGAUUGA